AUGAUUGCUAUGAAUGCUCAUCCUUUUAUUGAACUAACUCGGACGUUAGCUACUUUAAAAAACACAGGAAAAUGUGGUAAACUAUUAGGCAAAUUAUUAUCAAUAUUAGCAAAAGAAAAAACUCCUAAAUGGGUUAUUGAUAAUUGGAAUCAAAGUGGACUCAAAUGGAGUGAUUUGAUAAAUUCUGAAUGUGAAAAAGUUGACUUACUUGAAAAGUACAACCUAGAAUUUGUAGUUAAAGGCAUCAAUAAUAAUUGUGGAAAAUUGUCUGAGAACAAGAUGACAUUAGAACAGAUAUCAGAAUAUCUUCUGAAAUUAUUAAAGGAAGAAAAUUUUGACAAUAUUACAAGUUGGAUAUCUUUGAAUGUUGGUCAACAAUCAAAACAACCUCAAUUUGUCAGAUGCCUUGUAACUGACAUUCUUAAAACCUCUAUUGAAGCCAUUGACGAAUCAUGGAGACUAAAAUCAGAAACGUUUUGCAAGUUAUUACCUUUAAUAACUAGAUAUGUUGAUGCUAAACGUGAUCUAGAACUUCAAUGUCUUUAUGCUAUUCAAUCGUACAAUCACGAAUUAAUGUAUCCACAAGGCAUAUUAUCUAAAAUAAUUGACCAUUUGUGUGACCAAUAUGUAUUGUCAGACGAUGCAUUCAUUGAAUGGGGGAAAACUGAAAAUCCAAAUGAAAGAAAUGGACAUGCAGUUGCGAUAAAAACACUUACAUCAUUUUUUACUAAACUACGUGAAGCAGAACGCGAUGAUUCUAGCGAAUGAAAAAAAAAUUCAUUGUGUGUACAAAAAGAUUCUGAAAAACUCUGUUAUCUGAUACAAAUUCCAUACUAUACAAAUGAAUAUAUUGUGACGUGUGGCCUCAACUAAUGAAAUAAUUAUUAAUUUGAAAGCGUGAUCAUAAAUGUAGCAUGAAUUUAUAAUUGUCAUGAAAAAUGCCCGGA